AUGGACCGCCCUGACGAGGGGCCUCCCGCCAAGGCCCGCCGCCUCAGCAGCUCCGAGCCGUCUCGGGAUGACGCGCCGCCGCCGCCGCCACCUCCGCCGCCGCCGCCGCUCAUGCGACUGCCCCUGCCUCCGCCGGAGCAGCGCCCGAGGCUCCAGGAGGAGACGGAGGCGGCACAGGUGCUGGCUGACAUGAGGGGGGCGGGCUUGGGCCCCUCUCUGCCCCCGCCGACCCCCUAUGUCAUUCUGGAGGAGGGGGGAGUGCGCGCGUACUUCACCCUGGGCGCCGGGUGUUCCUAUUGGGAUACCGAAUUCGAGGCGGGGUACGGGGAGGCGCCCCCUACCUCAGAGAGCCUGGAGGCUUACUCUGCUGAGGAGGUGGCCGGGGGGAGCGUGGAGAUUGAUAUUCAGGUGACGGAGCCCGAGCCCGAGCCGGAGCCCGAGGCCAGCGGCUAUAGCGGGCAGGCCUUCAAUACCUGUAGCUUAGGGGGGCGGGAGUACCAGGUGGUAGGCGGGCUGCCGGGGAAGGAAGAGGCCAUUAUCAUAGUGGAGGAUGAUGAGGAGGAGGUGAAGGAGAACGUGAGGAAGAAGAGGAGGAGGAGGAGGAGGAAGCAGAGGAAGGUGAAGAAGCCCAGCAGGGAGGUCAAUCCCGAGAAGCUCCAGUACAUCCUGCAGGCCCUGGAGGGCAUUCAGCUCGACCUGGAGGCGGUGAAUAUCAAGGCUGGCAAGGCCUUUCUCCGUCUGAAGCGCAAGUUCAUCCAGAUGCGCAGACCCUUCCUGGAGCGCAGAGACCUUAUCAUCCAGCACAUCCCGGGCUUCUGGGUCAAAGCAUUCCUCAACCACCCCAAAAUUUCAGUCAUGAUCAGUCCACGCGACGAAGACAUUUUCCGCUACUUGACCAACCUGCAGGUGCAGGAUCUCAGACACAUCUCCAUGGGCUACAAAAUGAAGCUGUACUUCCAGACAAACCCCUAUUUCACAAAUACGGUGAUUGUCAAGGAGUUCCAAUGCAACCGAUCAGGCCGGCUGGUGGCUCACUCCACCCCAAUCCGCUGGCACCGGGGCCAGGAACCCCAAGCUUACCUGGGCACCAACUACAGCUUCUUCAGCUGGUUCUCAAAUCACAGCCUGCCAGAGGCCGACAGGAUUGCUGAGAUUAUCAAGAACGACCUGUGGGUCAACCCUGUGCGCUACUACAUGAUGGGAGUAGGCGGCUACAGAGCACACAGAAAGAAGCACGACAAGAGAGAAAGGUUUUCCCAAAUUAAAAAGAGGGACAGAUAUGAGGUGGUGAUCAUGGAUGACUUCGAUGACUAUCAGCUGAUGCAAGAAAUUAUUGGCGAUACCUCAGACAGUGAUUUCAUCACCGAUGACAAUGAGACUGUUCACGACGUCAAGAUCUCUGACUUCAUGGACACCACCGACUGCUUCGAGACCUCGGACAAUGACUUUACUGACUUCAGUGAUAGUUUCUGUGACAGUGAGAGCGUGUUUGAGUGUGAAAGCGCAGACCACCACUUCACCACCGGAAACAAUGACAGCGCCUAUGAGCACGUGUAUGGCGGUGAGAGCUCCAGAGGUGGCGGCUAUAGCAACAACUUCGACGACAGCAGCAGCAGCGACAGCGACUUCAGAGACAAUGAGACCAGCGAUGAUGAAUUUAAUGAUGGCAACGAAGGCGACAAUGAAGGCAGCGAUGAUGACGGCAAUGAAGGCGACAAUGAAGGCAGCGACGACGAUGACAGAGACUUUGAUUACUAUGAGAAUGUAUUUGAAGAGCCUGAGAAGGGUCUGCUUCACAUCAACAACCUGGGCUUCUAUGAAGAUGAGCUACAGGACGUCUUCAUAGACGAAUCAUCACUGGAGGAAGAAGAUGAGGAGGAAGAUGAGGACACCGAUGACGAGGAAGGAAGUGAGGAGGAGGAGGAAGAAGAGGAAGAAAUGGGAGAAGACUGGGACUCUGACUCCGACGUGGAGGAGGUGUUUCCGGUCCAAAACGCUUGGGCCAACCCCCGUAAGAGGGGCACCACCGGCUAA